AUGUCUUAUGCUCGCACCAAACCUCUUUCCGCUUCCUCGUCCUCGAUCUCGUUAGGCGAUCCGUCUAACGAGAUCCCUCUACCGGCCGAUGCUAAGGAUACCAUCUCAUCCAUCUCAUGGUCGCCUACUGCCAAUUAUCUGGCGGCAGCAUCCUGGGAUAGUAAGGUGCGCAUCUACGACAUUGGCAAUGGUACCAAUGGAGCUGCGCGUAAUAUUGUGACGUUGUCCGCGGAUCGCCCGUUCCUUGAUUGCGAUUGGGCGAAGGACGGGUCUAUGAUUGCUGCGGCAGGAGCCGACGGCAGAAUUCACGUCCUGGACGCAGCCACGGGUCAGACGGGCAUUAUCGGAGCUCAUGAUGCGCCUAUUCGCAGUGUGCGUUUCGUCGAAAUCCCCGGAAAUUUGAUGCCUAUCAUGGCAACUGGAUCUUGGGACAAGACAAUUCGAUACUGGGACGUACGAACCGCAAAUCACGUCGCUACUCUCAACUGCAAAGAGCGCGUCUACUCAAUGGACGCCAAGGCGCAGACUCUUGUGGUCGGUACUGCUGAUCGUCAUAUUCAGCUUGUCGACCUCAAGAACCCGAGCGUUUUCUUCAAAUCGCGGGAAUCUGCACUCCCGUAUCAAACCAAGGCUGUCGCGGUCUCUCCCACUGGGGAGGGCUGGUUGACGUCUGAUAUAGGAGGUAGAGCUGCCUAUACUGACAUCAAUGAGUCGAAUACCGAGAGCUUCACCUUUCGUUGCCACCGCGACGAUCCCGACGCAAAAAAGAUAACUAAGGUUUGGAGCGUGAACGCCGUCCAGUUCCAUCCAAUCAAGAGGAGCAACUUUGUCACCGCCGGUUCGGAUGGCAGUUUCGUUUUCUGGGACCGUGUAUCGCAUAGUAGGGUUAGGCGGUACCCAGCUCCCCCUUCAACGACUACGGCAGCGAAGGGAGUAAAGAGUAACGAUACUCCGAUUGGCAUCACGGCUGGCAAUUUCAACCGCGAUGGAAACUAUUUCGCGUAUGCUUACGGGUACGACUGGAGCCGAGGCGCAGUGGGAAAUACCCCCCAGACGAAAACUGCACUCAUGCUCCACCAUGUCAUACCAGAGGACCUGAAGAGGAAGUCUUAG